AUGAAGCAGCACCCAGGAUGUAACAUGGAAGCUCGCUCGUGUGUCGAGAGACUGUCCACCAAGUACAGAUGGAAAAUGUACACCAACCACUGCACCUCCAGCCACGACUCCGUAAAGCUGAUCAAGUUCGCGGACGACACCACCCUCAUUGGACUCAUCUCCAACAACGAUGAGUCUGCCUACAGGAGGGAGGUGGACCGCCUGGUGUCCUGGUGCAGUGGUAACAACCUGGAGCUGAACGCCCAGAAGACAGUGGAGAUGAUUGUGGACUUCAGGAAGAGCACUGUCCCCCCGCCCCCACCCUCCGUGAUGGACUCCCCCAUCACCUCUGUGGAGUCCUUCCGUUUCCUGGGCACCACCAUCACCCAGGACCUCAAGUGGGAGCCGACCAUCAGCUCCCUCAUCAAGAAGGCCCAGCAGAGGAUGUACUUCCUGCGGCAGCUCAGGAAAGCCAAGCUGCCUGCACAGAUGUUGGUGCAGUUCUACACGGCCACCAUCGAGUCCAUCCUCACCUCCUCCGUCACCUCCUCCGUCACCUCCUCCAUCACCGUGUGGUUCGCUGGAGCCACAGGCCCACAGGGAUUCCUGCGGCAGGAGCCUUCUGAGGUCUCUCCAACCGCUACAACAGCGCUGGCCUGGAGAAGGCCCUCUGUCAGUGGCUCCACAGGAGGAGCCAAGAGGAGACCAGGAGGAGCCAAGAGGAAACCAGGAGGAGACCAGGAGGAGACCAGAGAGGAGCCAAGAGGAGACCAGGAGGAGCCAAGAGGAGCCAAGAGGAGACCAGGAGGAGCCAAGAGGAGACCAGGAGGAGCCAAGAGGAGCCAAGAGGAGACCAGGAGGAGCCAGGAGGAGCCAAGAGGAGACCAGGAGGAGCCAAGAGGAGACCAGGAGGAGACCAGGAGGAGCCAAGAGGAGACCAGAGGAGCCAGGAGGAGACCAGGAGGGGCCAAGAGGAGACCAGGAGGAGCCAUGAGGAGACCAGGAGGAGCCAAGAGGAGACCAGGAGAGCAAAGAGGAGACCAAGAGGAGACCAAGAGGACCAGGAAGAGCCAGGAGAGACCAAGAGGAGACCAAGAGGAGACCAGGAGGAGCCAUGAGCAGACCAGAGGAGCCAAGAGGAGACAAGAGGAGACCAGGAGGAAGCAAGAGGAAACAGGAGGAGCCAAGAGGAAACCAGGAGGAGCCAAGAAGGAGCCAAGAGAAGACCAGGAGGAGCCGAGAGGAGCCAAGAGGAGAUCAGGAGGAGACCAGGAGGAGCCAAGAGGAGACCAAGAGGAGACCAGAGGAGACCAGGAGGAGCCAAGAGGAGACCAGGAGGAGCUAAGAGGAGACCAGGAGGAGCCAAGAGGAGACCAGGAGGAGCCAAGAGGAGACCAGGAGGAGCCAAGAGGAGACCAGGAGGGGCCAAGAGGAGACCAGGAGGAGCCAUGA